GGAAAUCUGUGGGAGGGAGGGCUGGGAUGAGGACCCCUUAGUCUAACGGAGGAGGGCUGAGGUCUGAAUCUCUUGGCUUUGAAAGAGGGUGACUGGGGCUUAGAUUGUGGGGCUGGGACUGAAUUCCUGGGUUCCUUGGGGAGGAGGGGGCCGGGGGCCCGGACUCCUGGGUCCUGGCACCCACCCGUAGAACCGACCUUGCGGGGCCUUCGCCGCACACAAGCUCGUGUCUGUGGGUCCGUGUCGGGGGCUCACCAUCGCGGCUGGGACCUCCCCGGCCCUCCCCCACCCUCCCUACUUCUGGUCUCCCAUCAAUCCAUCUGUCAAUCUGCCCACCUGCCGCGCCCCCCGGGCUGAGGUAGGAGGUUGUAUAGUUGAGGAAGACACCCGAGGAGAUCACUAUACGGCCUCCUAGCUUUCCCCAGGCUGCGCCCUGCACUGGAAGGGGCCGGCGGGGACCCCAGGUCCACACCACUGCUCCAGAGUUCCCGGUAGGAGCUGGGGUGUCUUCUCUGUCCCCAUUCUGCCCUAUCCCCUUUCCUUACAGUCUCUAUGCCAUCAUAAGAUUUUCUAGUUGUCUGUCUCUUGUCUUUUAAACCACUGUCUCUAGGGUUCUAGGAGCUCCUAUUUCUCUAGUGCUGUGAAUCAAUCGCUGACAUUGUGGGUUUCUGAACUUCUUGAUAUCUCUCCUGGUUUCUGUCUGUCUUCUGGGUAUCUCUUUUUCUGUCACUCUUCCCUGCUCCCACCUCGGGGGAAGAGGUCUUUUCUGGUCCACCAUAGCUGCAUUGCCGGCCUCUGGGUCCCUGAGACCCUUUAACCUGUGAGGACGUCCAGGGUCACAGGUGAGGUUCUUGGGAGCCUGGCGCCUGGCUCAGCCACAACUUAGGGAUUUCAGGUGACCCCUGGCAACCUUCCUCUAAAUGAAGUCUAAUGCUUGACCACCUGCUGAAACUCAAUCUCUGAUCACAGGCUUCCCCUCCCCCACAGUGACCUCACAAAGGUUACUAUCUUCUGCUCAGUCUCAGAGACCCUCUGUUAUGGGACUUGUUGCCUUAGUAGGGAGCUUUGUCCUGUUGCUCCUGCUGAUCUUCAGGGCAUCCACAUGGGCUUGUCUCUUCUGCUUCACUACGCAUGAGGAACGCCUCAGUCUCUGCCGGAUGUUUGUGGGCUCAGAGGACUCCAAGAUACGCAAGUGUAGAGAUGCUCUCACAGAUGCUUUUGAGGGUUUCUCAGACAUGGAAAUCAGUGAGGAGCCCCUUCUUUGCCCCUUCUUCAUAAACCAGGGCCCGGGGGAGGGGAAGGAGAAUCUUUGAGUUACUCGAAGAAGCAAAGCUAAGUACAGGAUCAUGGAAGAGAGACAGGUGGAAACAAUGAAAGGAAACAGGUUCAGAGUGGGGUGUAGACAGAUGAGACAGUGCCUCAGAGGCUAAUGAUAGUAAGAGCUGUGACAGAGUUAGAAGGAAAGAGAUGGACAAGUAGAAAGAGUAGAGGCAUUGUUCGGAGAGAGGAGGGUAUGGAUUGGAACACAAAUGAGUGGGGAGAUCAGAGACUUACAGAGGGGGACAGAGAGCUACAAAUCCAGAGAGAUGAAUGAGAGACACAGAGAGUAAGGUACAUAGAGAUAAGACAGGAACAGAGACCCAGAGUGAGUGAGAUAUGUACUAAUAGCAGAGAUAACAGAGGUUCGGGAUGUAUAGAGAGACAGUUAUCCAGAGAUGGCACAGAGACCUAUGGGGUUGGAGUAAAGAUAGAGAAGGGGAAGCAGAUGCAAGGUGCCAGGUAAGAGACAGGCCUAAAGAGAGGGAUGAGAGGGAGUGAGAGAUAACCCAGAUACCAGAUUGAAGGUUUGGGUUGGGGUUGGGGGCGGUCUCCAGUUCUCAAUGUAGGGAACAUAGACUGGGACUAUAGAAUCUGGGAUGGUCAUAGGGAUUGGAGAUAUUCAGCCAUAAGUUGGACAUAGAGAACACUGUGGAACCAGGUUUGUGCCAUGGUGUCUCUGCCUGCUUCUCAUCCACCUUCAGACUAUGAUGAGAGGAGCCACCUGCAUGAUGAAUUUACACAGAUGACAGUUUUCCUUCAGGAGGUGGCUGCUGUCCAGGGUGAGUGUUUUGUGUACUAUGAAGGCAUAAGUGAAUUCUCUAAUGGGGAAAGUGAUCUUUAGGGAGUGAUAGUGGAAACCUGUUUGAGUUAGGUUAUUUGUUGAGAAAACUCCAGAGGUGAUGGGAGUCAAAGAUGGGAGGUUUACAAGUCACAGGGAGUCUGAAGCUUUUCGGCGUCAAGUACAUGUGACCUACCAGUGAAUCUCACUGUCUAGCUCUGGAGCCCAGGUGAGAGGCUCUACUUACUCACCUGUAAGGUAGAAGAUUUCUUAGGCUCUCAGGUGGAGUCGUUCUUGUCAUCUUUGAAGGUGGAACAUUCUCAUCUCCUAAGGUGAGACAUUCUCUCUAUCUCCCAGAGAAGUCAGAGCUCACUGGGAGGAAAUGCUGUUUUUUGAGAUGGGUGUUAGAGAAGAUACAAUUCCUUCCAACAAGACAGACUUAAUCCUUUAGGAUAAGACAGACAGGUCAGACAGACAGACACACACACACACACACACACACACACACUACUCAUGGCUAACAAAGAUAGGUUAGGAAGAGUGGAGCUAGCCACUUAGAGGGCAGAUAUAGUCAGGGCCAGACUAUAUUUUUGCUGGAACAUUAGGGAAGAUCAUACCCAUGUAGCUGUGCGUAAUAUACUUAAGGCUCUGGGGACAUGAGUUUCAAAAAGACAUGAUUAACACUAUUCAUACCAGGUGCCCCCAACCACAGUCUACUAAGUAUAUUAGAUAGUAAUAGUUUGGCUGUGUGAGAACUCCUUUUUGCUUGUUUACUCAUUUGAAGGAUAAAUUGGCUACUCCCAGAAUCUGGGAGUUCGAGGCCCCCCCCCCCUUUUUCCUCAUGUACAAUGGUUCAUUUUAAGUUUUAUAUCAGAGGCCUCCCAAACAAAGAAAGGGACCAGUUAUUCAGAGGUGUCCAGGAUUAUCCUGAAUUUUCUGGGUGUCAGUCCCCACCCCAAAGAAAGCUCAGGAACCUGAGAGAUGGAAUGUAGAAUGCUGGGAUGUGCAUUCUGUUGUUGCCCUGACAUGUCUCCAUAUUUGAAACUUAGACAAAGCGAUCAAGGGUAGACCUUGGAAGUAGAAUAGUUCUUUUUAAUGUGGGGCAGAUAUUUGGGGGCGGGUGGAGGUUGGGGAUAGAGAGGAGAUGGUCUGAUGCAUAUCUGAGACCAUAGAGAAGAGGAGGGGGACCGUAAAAUAGAAAAGUGGGUCUGCUUCUGGUGGCCUGUUACGGGGUUUGAUGGCUUAGGAAUGACAUCCUGAGAUGAAGAACUUGGAGACAAGAACUGGACCAGGGACAGAGAACUAGGGUAAUAAUACAAUAACCAUGAUGUAAUACUGAAGGGCUCCUAGACACCUGGAUGUUGAGAUCAGUCAAAGAGACUUAAGACACUGACCUGAAAGAUCUGGAGAACCAAAUGAAGAUUUUCAGCAGGGCAGGGGAGCCUCUCAGACCCCCCAUAGAAGGAGAAACUGGAAACAAUUAGGAACUGUCCUAGUAAUUUCCUCAGAGGCUCAUUGAAUGUUUCUUAAGCACUUGUGUGAGAACUCCUUUUUGCUUGUUUAUUCAUGGCCAAAUGAAUGGCCAAAACUGCAAAUGGCCUGCCUUUAUGAUGCUUGGGUUUAAGGACAGAGCAUUGACAAUAGACGGCCAAUAAAGUAUGAGGGCAAGGGUGUAGCUCAGUAGUAAAAGAGCCUGCCUAGAAUUUCCCAUUGAGAGUCUCCAAUUUCUAUAAUUUUUGGUUAAUAAAGCUCAUACAGAAUUUGGCAGUGGAAGGCUGGGCUAUGGCUAAGCUGUGGAGGUGCUGUGUGCUGAUUACUCUUCUAAGGGCUAUUCUAAUACUAGCCUUUAGAAGUUGUAAAGCCCUACCUUCCAGGUGGAAAAGUUAGGACUGAGCUGGGGCUUGAAGACAUGUAGUAAGAAUUUAGGAUAAUUUGUGCAUUGGAUGAACCAGACUAGUGCUGCCUCUUGGAGGAGAGGGGUUUACACAGGUGAUAAUACCUCUGUGUACACAUCAUAGGUUUAUAAUAUAAGUAUAGGUUGAACAUCUUUAGUGAAGUAAUCUGAAAUCUGCACUUUUCCUAAAUUGAAUAUGGCUUAUCACUCCAAGUGGUUGUGUGGGGUGGAACUGGGGUUCAAGAGUUGGAAAGCACAUUGGACUACACAAGUGAAAACUUUUCUAAUGUCUGGAGAUGUAGCUCAGUUGGUAGAAUGCUUGUCUGUAUGCCCAAAGUCAUGGAUUUUAUAACAAGCACCCAGUAAACUUCUUGGUUGCAUAUAUCUGUAAUCUUAGCCUUUAGGAAGUAGAGGCAGGAGGAUGAUUCUUCAUUACAGAGUGAUUUUUGAACCCAACUGAGGAGACAAGAGACCCUGUCUUAGAGGAAAAUAAAAUGAUCCAGGUGGCUUGCACAAUGCCAGAAUUUGGAAGGAGGCAGUAGACUUGAAGGAAACUUUGGUUGUCUCAAAAGGGUGGCUUACAUCUGUUCUUACCUGUGGGUAUGUGUAUGUAUAAAAUGUUUCAAAAUCCAAGGCCUUUUUGGGUGUCAUCUCAGCUGUACAUAACCUCACACGACAUGACAAAUCACAGGUAAAACUCGGGACUGCUUAAGCAUAUUUUGUGAACUCAACCUUCAGACUGUAAGGCUUUAUGAAACAAUUGAAUUUUCAUUUUUACCUUUUCAUUUAUCUGUAUGAAUGUUUGCCUACAUACAUAUUUGCACACCAUGUUCAUGUCCAGUGCCUGAACUGUCCAGAAGAGGUUCUGAGCAACCAUGUAGGUAUUGGCAGGGAACUGAACCCAGGUCUUAUGCAGAAGCUGCAAACACUCUUAAGUUUUUAGCCAUCUCUCCAGCCUCUGGCUUCACUUUUUAUCAUGUGUAUAUGUCCCUGGGUUUAAAGGAGACCACUCUUGGCUAUGUGAAACCCUGUCACAACAAACAAAAUAAAAGGGGGGCUAGAGAGAGAUGCCUCAGUGGUUGCUUGCUGUGCCAUCGUGAGAAUUAAAGUUUCAAUUGUAGCGCCCUCAAAGCAAAUUAGGCAUCUCCUUACCUUCCUAUAACCCUAGGUCCAAAGUAAAUGAAGGCAGGAAACUUGGUGGGGCUUUGGCUUCCAGCAAAGCUGAGAGAACAGUAACUGGAGUGUCAGAGAGACCCAGUCUCAAUGGAAUAGGCAGAGUAGUUAGGACACCUCGUGGGUAUGAAUAGAUGCAUGGCCUGCAGGUUUGGGCAUACAGUCCCAUAGACACAUAAAUCUUUUUACAAAUGUUGCAUGAGUAUUAAGUAUGGAGGCUGGAGUUAAAUGUGACUAUAUAACCCUGACAUUUAUUUUAUUUUAUUUGUUUAUUUUGAGGGAAGAUCUCAUGAUGUAGCACAGGCUGACCUUAAUCUGAAGAUUCUCUGAGCCUCUAAGAACCUGUGCCACAAUAUCCAAGUUUUGUAUUUCCUCAUGCCUCAGUUUCCCCAACUAAGAUUCGAAAGGGGAAGGAGAAGAUGAUACCCUUCCUUAAUGAGGGAAGUCCUCACUAAGGGCUUAUGGGCACUGUCCAAAACAGACCACAGGACAGCUCAGAAUGACAAAGAUUCCAUCCCACCUAGCACUCAAUCCUACCCACACUCAGUCUUUGUCGUAGACAUUGCUAGCACUGUUUUUAUGUAGGGGAAACUGAGAACCAGAGAGUUGCCACCUGAUCAAGCUCACUCAUGGAGGCAGGGUUGAGAUCUGUGGAUAGGAAUGUGUCUGUGUGAAAGAAGUGUACUCAUAGCUGUACAUGCUGGAACCCAAGUCCUGUGUCAGAGCUCCUAAUACAUGUUCCUCACCAGGGUAACUGCAGCAUCCUUUGUACUGUUAUGUUAUGUUUGAUGCUGUUAUGUCAGUUGGCACAAUCCAUGUUCAAAUUAACCUGUUUAGGAUCUUUCCCUUCACUCCCUAGCCCAUGUGUACUAGAUAUGUAAACUAGCCCCACCCUUUCCCACCUCACAAGCCUUUAUGCUGCACUUGGUAUGUCCCACCUACUUGUGCCCUCCUGUGUGUGUCUUCUGGAUGUAUGUUGCACGAGGCCUUCAGGAUCCAGGCCUCCGGCUCUGACUGAGAGCUCCACUUUGACCAUAUCCUCCCAACAGUACUACUAUCUCUGGAUCAUGCUCUGAUGGUUAAGAGAUUGACCCCAGAUUUCUUCAUUUUGAUCCAGCUUCUUGCCUCUGGUACCUCGCUCUCCUUGUAGAUAACCCACAAUGUACCAUUCUUUAGUUAAUACAAUUCCCUCCUAACAGUUUCAUACACAGAUGUAUUUUGCUUUUACCCUCAUUGCUGCAACAGAAUACCUAAUAAUCAGCUUAGUGGAGCAAAGGUUUAUGAUGCAUCACUGUUUGAGGUUAUAGUCCAUCGUGUCGAGAAGAUAUGGCAGGAGUGUGUGAUGCCUGCAUACAUGGGAAGCAGGCAUAGAUGAAUGCUGGCGUUCGACUUUCUCCAUUUGAUGUCUCCAUUUGAUUCACUCUGGAACGCAAGUCCGUGGUAUGGUACCACCCACAUACAGGGUUCGCCUACCUACUCCUCGAGAGCCCCAGAGGGUCCUUUUGGAAGGCCUUCACCAGUGCUGCAGCAAAAUUGAAGAGGACCAUUGAACACCUUAAAAAAGGUAAACCAGCCUCCAACUCUACCCCCUGCAGACAUACCCCAUUGCACACAGGUAGGUGUUCUGAAUCCUAAAAGCUGGGAACAGUGGAUUUCCUAUCCUAAUACAGAUCAUACGACAGUCCUGGCCCAUAUCCAUCCAGGGCUCUUCUGAGAUCUGUUUCUGGCUAUGUGCUCAAGCAUCCUCUCUAGGUAGUACUUCUCUGACAAGGCCUACUAAUUAAGUGCUGAUUCCUUAAAGGAUUGGUUGCCUGGGAUCUCUUUCCACCUUCAAGGGUAAUGAAUACAAGGCUAGUUCUUCCUCAAGGCUUCUGUAUCCCCACCCCAUUCCCCUUUUCAUAGAUGGCUAACUGCAGACCUUAAGCUUCAUACACUUAGCCUUGCUCCACCCUUUGGAUGAAGCUCCAUGGACUUGGUCUUGUACCUUGGGAACAACGUACUGUGUUUCCAAGUUCUGUAUAGGAUCCUAGACCUGUUCUCCAGAGGACAAGGUUCCCUGCCCUGUAAUACCUUCUUGAGGGGCUUUAGGUAGGUCACUCUGUCAAGGACCUGGGUCUUAAUGCCUUCUUUCUCUCCACAGCCCAGGACUGCAUCCCUCCUUGUGAACCCUGGGAGUCCCCAUAGAUUUAACAAGGUUCAGAGAAUUGAUCGGGAGACUUCAUGGGGGAGCCCAACACCUGGUCUCGGUGGUUCACUAGGGGUCCAAGAGGCCGCUAGGCGUUUCCACUGCUGGGGCUGCUUUUCCACAAUCUGUGAUCUGCCUCUAGACUGUCCAGUUCAGGACAUGUUGGUGAACCGAGGGGACCAGGCUUUGUUUUCUUGCAUCGUGGCUUUCCAGUUGCCAGAGUCGGAGGUCACUUAUUCCUGGAAAUAUGCGGGAGGAGGUGUCCGGACUCAGGACGUUUCCUACUUCCGUGAUUUGCCGGGGUCUCACGGGUACCUGGCACGAAUCCGGCCAGUGCAACCCAGGCACAGUGGAACCUUUUCCUGCGUGAUCCUGCACGACCAGCGCCCCCUGGCGCGGCUCUACUUCUAUCUGAACGUGACGGGGCCUCCUCCGCCUGAGGAGACUGAGCUCCAGGUCACGUUCCGGGAAGUGAUGCGUUGGACACCGCGGGAGGCGGAAAUGAUCCAGCCCUGGAGGCCCAGCCUAGGCGAACUACUUACCAGACCCCAGGCUCUGACGCCUGGCAACCUACUCCUGCUGGCGGCUGCUGCUGCACUUGGGUCUGCUAGUGUUACUGUGCUAGUGUGGCUGUUAAUUCGAUGGUACUUAAGUGGCAACUAACAAAUCCUGACCCUACAUCUGUCCUGGAAAUAAAGUUUGUAUUUUAGUUA